AUGAGCCUUUUCCAACCACCAGCCUUUCUUGACCAAUAUCUUUCUAUGCCUAUUGUGAAUAUAGCCAUCUAUUUAUCUUCCUCUUUUUACAAUCAAUUAAUAACUUCAGAUGUGUUUAACAAAUUAAGACCUUAUUCAUAUUUUUUAAGUCCAUUAUAUGCAACAAUAUCAAGCAACCUUAUGUUAUUAUACUUUGGACAAAUUGGAAAUUCUCUUGAUACAAAAAUAUAUGUUUUAUUAAGUCAUUUUCUUAUUGGAUUUAUUAUUCUUAAUGCCAAUAUGAAUUCUAAAUCCUUUAGACUUCUUUCAGGUAUUAGUAUAAUUUUCUUUAAUACAUCAGGAAUUUUAGGUUAUUAUUCUAAAGGAUUUAAUCAAUAUGGAAUAGUUGGUGCAUUUAUUUUUUCCUAUUUGGCAUGUGUUUUAAUAUCAUAUGUUUACUUGUAUAUCGUCGUUUAUUUCUGGCAAAAGCAUACUAUUAAGAUUUACGCUAAUCCAAAAACACUCCUCCAAAAUACUAUUACUUUCUCAAUAAUUUUUGUUAUUGUCGCAAUUCUUCAUAACGCUCAAUUCCCACAUAUUUAUCUUAUUACUCUUGGAUUCUAUACAUUGAUUUAUCUUGACGAUAAUCUUUGGCAUAAACUCCCAGAACUUUAUUCAAAAGCUAAAUUAGAUUGA